UCCUACCUCCUACGUGCGUGAACAACGUCAGCUGAGCCAGGGACCGUCACCAUGUCCAAUGGUACAACAACGGUCACAGAUUGGGAAAACGACGCGACCACCACAAUACGUCUUCCAACCGAUGAGUCACCCUCAACACCCCUUCAACAAGUUGGUAUCCCGGUCAUUGUGGGCAUCGUUGUAGCAGUUGUAACAGCAGCCGCUGUUAUUUGUGCUGUCAUUAAACGCCGAAAGAGUUCCCGAGCACGUUUAGCCAGGGCGUCCUCUGCAUCACAUCCCUAUGGUAAUGUGCCGCCUGAAAGACCGUCAUCAUUCGGAGCAGAUAUACCCGAGGAAGUCGUCACUGCAGCUGCUGGACAUACACACGGCGACCACACCGUAAAGGAAGAAGCCACCAACACGGACUUGGAACAGCCACAUUCGUCAUCGGACAUCACUUUAAGCAGCCAUGACACUACAAAUAGGCAUGUUCCAAGUGGACAUUUAACUGAUCGCUACAUAUUUAGAGAAUCAGGCAGAGCGUUUUCAUUGAUAUCGCACAGGUCAUUUGAUUUCAACAGCGCACUUUGUAUUGAUUCUUGUUUGGAUGGUAGACCUUGGCGCCAGUUAUACCAAUGUCCGUCUGGUUUGUCCUCAGAGGUGCAACACGAUGUAACAGUGCCAGAUAUCUGCUCACGCUAUGAAGGCUUGGUUCUCCGAGCAGGAUUUGCUCACACAGAUCACUAUACCUACUUAACUGCAUUGUACCGUACCUCAGAAGCACUGUCCUCAGUUGUGAGAGAAAGUGUCAUAUAUGAUAUUGCCAUAUAUCCUGGGCGGGCGAGUCGUGCGGCUGCUGUUCCGCCAGACCACUACACUUACUUAGAUGUACUGCAUUGUCCUGUGAGACCAGGAUCUGUAGGUCAGUCAGAAAGUGUCAUAUAUGACAUUAUCAACGAUCUGGAUGGAAACGCUGGCCAGUACACUCAUAUAUACAAUGUACGCCGUUCCUCGGAACGUCAUACCAGACCUCUGUUUUCGAGUGGAGAAUACGCCAUCCCAUUUGAGUCCUCAACCACAAGGCGUUCAUUUGAAACUGACGUUUUUGACGUAUCAAAUCACAUGCAUCCAGGGGAGAUGUCUUCAUUGGCAUGUUAUUCAACAGAGACUGACCAUUAUGACACGUCACGUCACAUGCACCCUGAAAAGACGUCUUCAUUGCUACGUUAUUCAUCAGAGACUGACGAUUAUGACACGCCACGUCACAUGCAUCCUGAAAAGACGUCUUCAUUGGCACGCUAUUCAUCAGAGACUGACAAUUACGACACGCCACGUCACAUGCAUCCUGAAAAGACGUCUUCAUUGGCACGUUAUUCAUCAGAGACUGACCAUCAUGACACGUCAGGUCACAUGCAUCCUGAAAAGACGUCUUCAUUGCUACGUUAUUCAUCAGAGACUGACGAUUAUGACACACCAGAUCACAUGCAUCCUGAAAAGACGUCUUCAUUGCUACGUUAUUCAACAGAGACUGACCAUUAUGACACGCCACGUCACAUGCAUCCUGAAAAGACGUCUUCAUUGGCACGCUAUUCAUCAGAGACUGACAAUUACGAUACGCCACGUCACAUGCAUCCUGAAAAGACGUCUUCAUUGGCACGUUAUUCAUCAGAGACUGACCAUUAUGACACGCCACGUCACAUGCAUCCUGAAAAGACGUCUUCAUUGCUACGUUAUUCAUCAGAGACUGACCAUUAUGACACGCCACGUCACAUGCAUCCUGAAAAGACGUCUUCAUUGCUACGUUAUUCAUCAGAGACUGACGAUUAUGACACGCCAGGUCACGUGCAUCCUGAAAAGACGUCUUCAUUGCUACGUUAUUCAUCAGAGACUGACCAUUAUGACACGCCACGUCACAUGCAUCCUGAAAAGACGUCUUCAUUGGCACGUUAUUCAUCAGAGACUGACCACUACGACACGCCACGUCACAUGCAUCCUGAAAAGACGUCUUCAUUGGAACGUUACGAUAUGCCGAUACACCCUGAAUCAAAUUAGGACAAGUAGCUCUUGCUGCAAGACCAAAGGAAGCCAGUUCGGCUCAUCUGUAGUCAAUGUAUAACAGACAGCCCAUUUCUUCCAAAGCAGUUCCGUUAUGAUAUAGCUGAAACAUUGCCGAUGUGACGUUAAAUAUUGACUCACUCACCCCAAAGCAGUUGUUUACUGCGGGGAACUUGGAACCGCAUCGAACUGGCUGCCAAACCUUGUCCAGGUUUUUACAAAUUCAAUUUGGGUGCACAACUUGAUAUCUUUCUUAAGUGUAUGGGUUGCUAGCGGUUAAUGUGUUACUUCUUCACGCAGAAUGUCCAGCUUCAGUUCCUGAGGUGGUUACAUUAUGUGAAGGGUGCUUCUGGUGAAGAGUAUUGCUUGAAUAUCGCCUAAAACCACUCACUCACUCACUCACUCGUUGCUAUAUGCGUUCAUCGUAAAUAUAUGUUUUGUUGCCAUGUACAUCGAAGGUGGUUUAUGUCAAAAGUUAUGUGUUCGUGCAAAAAGCACUGGUAACUGGUUAAAGUGGCUGCUGCGAUAGGUCACUGACGGAUUUGCCCAAGUUUAUACAUCAACAGUGUAUACUCAUAAAGAAUUAAAUUAUACCCAGAUUUAGGAAUUUGGGAAGGAACAUAUAUUUACUGCAUAUAUGAAGCAUUUAUGGGUCCAAUAUGAAGCUAAUGCACAAUAAAACACAGAGACCAAAGUCAUGAGAUUCUAAUCAUUUGUCUGUUCACCAUAGGCUGAAAGUACUGGCGGUCAGCUCCUGACACUGAGUAAACGAGAUCACCGACCACAGUUUGAGGAAUGCUAGGCUUUUAGUGCCUAUGCAGUGUUUAUGAUCCAGGAUUACCUUGUGAUUACAAAAUGCCAUUUACAAAAGGGUCAAAUGUAACAUAUGUUAUAUUUUGGAUUACACUUUCUUAGUAAAGUACAGAUUCUACGUUGUUGUAAGCAGCGAUCCAACUUGUCAAAUGGGUGUUCUGUCUGGUGAACAUUUAAGGCCUACCGAUUAUGUGGUCUACCAUCGCCGAGCAUUCCGUUUGCAUAUGUCUCGAAAAAUAGAAUGUGUACAUAUUUUUAGAAGGGAAAAAUAUAAAUAAAUCAAUCUACCAAUGUCUUUUGGGUUCCACUUCUUGAUUUAGUACAGAUGCGAACCUCGUGUGUCAGCCGACAGAGUAAGGUGGAAUAACGGUUUUAACGUCGGGCUAACGACUGUUCCAAGCAUGU